CAUAGCAAUAUCUGCACAGCACAUUCUUGCAGCUACAGGAUACGCAGGAAGACGCCUCACAGAGAUGCUGCUGCUGUUUGUAGCACUCCCCCUGCUGGUGCAGUCCAUCCCUGUCAAUAAGAGGUUCCUUCCUCUGGACUGUGAGGACAUUUUCAAUAAUGGAUCCAACCAAAGUGGUGUCUACACCAUUUACCCAAAGGGUCCUGAGAAAGCAGUGCAGGUUUACUGCGAUAUGGGCUGCAACGAGUACGACAGCCACAAGGACGGGAAAUGGACGGUGAUUCAGAGGAGAAUGGACGGCAGUGUAAGUUUCUACAGACCAUGGGAGCAGUACAAGAACGGCUUUGGGAACAUAACCGGGGAAUACUGGCUGGGUCUGGAGACCAUGUUUCUCUUGACAUAUACAAAUAAAUACGAGUUGAGAGUGGACAUGGAGGAUUUUGCUGGUGGCAGCGCCUAUGCCCAGUACUCCUCUUUCUCCGUUGAUCCAGAGUCCAGCAAUUACAGGCUACGCAUCAGUGAUUACAUCAAUGGCGGUGCAGGUGACUGUUUGUACUACCACAAUUUGAGGAAUUUUGUAACAUUCGACAAAGACUACGCUGGCUGUGCAAAUGGCUAUGCGGGAGGGUUCUGGUAUAGCUAUUGGCCGUGCCACAUCGCCAAUCCCAAUGGCAUGUACAAAUGGGGGAGUAUAGGAGAGCAAUACGGAGGGGUUAUGUGGAGCUGCUGGAGAGGUUACUAUUACUCCCUGAAGACCAUCGUGAUGAAGAUCCGCCGAGUGUCUCUGGAAGAGCUUGAAGGGAGGAAGUGAAAGCCUAGAAGGAAACUGCAUUGUGGAAUGCUACAAGUCAGGAAGAUGCACACAAGAUCCCUCUCAUAUAUAACGUUCUUCAGCCUUGUCUUUAGAGAUGUCCCAAUACAGGAGACAUGCUGAGUACUGUUAACUUCAACGUUUUCUUUCCUUUUAAAAAGAUCACAGGUUUCCAGCCCUGAUCCUGGAGAACCCCCUGCACAUGUCUGUGUUUUCAUCCUUAGAACACCCACUUGAGCUCAGGAAGGCUUUGUUAAUGAACUGCCUUGUUGGGUCAGGCAUGUCGGGAGCUGGGAAAACACUAAGAUGUGCAGGGCAGGAUGCACUCCAGGGGCAGGAUUGGGAACCACUCAAUUAGGUGAUUCAAUGUGUGCACAUUUUUACAUGACAUGAUUAAUCUUCUUAGAUCAUUUGACUCAAUCUGUAAUUCUGGCUGUUUGGCUUGAUAUUCUGAUUAUAUACUUAUGACUUAAUAAAAUAUUUACAUUUUGAAACAAUAAA